AUGAACCAUACACAACUAUCGCUGGUGGUACAAAGCAGAAAAACGAAAGACGAAGAACGUCGUACGUUGAUAUGCGGAUUGACUAGAUCGGAAUCUCUAAAAGUACUUGCAGCACUCCUCGUACCUCUCACCAUCGGCAUCUUCACAGUAGUCACUACUUUUCAAGAAAACUAUGUGGAUAAACAAAAUCGUCUCACAGACCUAGAAAUUGCUGCUCAACAACGGGAUCACGAACAACAGCAGGCGAAAGAAUUGCAGAUACAAACAGCCUAUGUUGCAUAUAUAAAAGAAAUGGGCGAUCUUUUAUUAAAAUCGGAUAAAAAUUUGUCCAAGGAUGAAUUGAAAAAUCGUCGAAUAAUUAUUCGAGCCAAAACCCUCUCGACUCUUCGUCAAUUGGAUCCGCAACGAAAAACGCAUCUGAUCCAGUUUUUACAUGAAGCCGGUCUGCUGCAUAAAAAUAGAAAGCCAAUUGAUUUGGAUGGAGCAGAUUUAAGUAAUACGAAUUUUAGUGGUUCAGAGGUCCUUGGUCUAAAUCUAAACUAUGUAUCUCUUUCGUACGUUACACUCAUAAAUGCAACGUUUAUUAACGUUGAUCUCGAAUCAGCUGAUUUCAGCUGGUCUGUCUUAACAUACGGUUCCUUUAUAAAUAGUUAUCUGGAUGGAGCAAAUUUUUCUCAUUGUGAAAUGGCAUACUCGUACUUUAAUGAUGUUUCUGUUGACAACACUAUAUUCAGUGAUGUAAAUUUGACCGGUACAAAGGCAAAUUCGUGGGACUUUCCUCGUCGAAUCAUAAACUCAUUAUUAUCAGAUGGUACAUAUGUCUACAAUAGCUCUGAUAAUGGUGUAACAGACACGUUCAGUUUAUCGAAUUUAAUUUCCAAUAGUGACGUCAACGACGGAAAAAAAUGUGCAAAUGAUACUAAAGAAGCUAAAGCAGGUGAUCAUCCAUCCUGGAGAUACUUCGAGAAAACAAUAGCAACAGUAAUAGACUAUGAUGCGUUUUCCUCGUUUCACAAGAACCGUAGUGGUGAUUGUGUCUUCUGGGGAGGAGAAUUCAAUGAUCCCGAUUCCUACAUUUAUCAAACAAUCGAUUUGUCCUCUUAUUCACGUUUAAUAGACUCCGAUAAAGCGUGGUAUGAAUUCAGAGUCAGUGCAGGAGGAAUAGAGACUGAUAAAGACUAUGUCAGAGUAUCAUUUGGCAUUCGAUCGAUGUCUCGUCAGACAUUGCUUCGUCAUGAACUCCGUAAGUAUAAUACUCUCUCAAGUAAUUGUUGUUUUUAUUUAUUACCAACAAGUAAUUCUCACCUUCAUCGUACACUUUUAGGGCACGUAACUAACAGUGAUAGAGAAAAUCAGAGCAAACUCAUCUUAAGAAGCAGCAGUGGUUUACUACCAAAAUAUUCGCGUGCAUUUUCCAUCUAUAUUAAAUUUAUUAAAGUUGGUAAUGGAUCGUUUAAUAAUGGAUUAAUUGAUGAUUUUAGUUUAAUAAUUAAACAAGUUAGUGAAACUGUUUAG